AUGGCAUCUGCACCAUCGCUGUCAGUAGUGAGUGAAGCGCGAUCGAGUAAGAACGCGAAACGAAAGAUGAUGUCGUUACAGGCGUGCCAAGUCGUCCUAUUGCUCGUAUGUGUAACAGCAACGGUGCACGGUGCAAUACACGAGAUAAAGCAGAAUGGAAACAGGUACAAGAUCGAGAAGGUAACGGACAGCAGCCUAAAGCAAGCGCUUGCAAGCCUUCGCCAGUCGGCGUGGAACGUAAAGGAGCUUGAUCUGAGUGGCAAUCCGCUGAGCCAGAUAAGCGCAGCUGAUUUGGCGCCGUUCACAAAGCUGGAGCUGUUGAAUCUCUCCUCGAACGUGUUGUACGAAACGCUGGAUCUGGAGUCGCUCUCCACGCUGCGCACCCUCGAUCUGAAUAACAACUACGUCCAGGAGCUGCUGGUUGGGCCUUCGAUCGAAACGCUGCACGCAGCGAACAACAAUAUCUCGCGUGUGAGUUGCUCGCAGGGUCAGGGAAAGAAGAAGAUCUAUCUCGCGAACAAUAAGAUCACCACGCUGCGUGACCUCGACGAGGGAUGCCGCAGUCGGGUGCAGUAUCUGGAUCUGAAGCUAAACGAAAUCGAUACGGUGAACUUUGCCGAGCUUGCCGGUUCCAGUGACACGCUCGAGCACCUUAACCUGCAGUACAACUUCAUCUACGACGUUAAGGGACAGGUCGUGUUUGCGAAGCUCAAAACGCUCGAUCUGUCGUCGAACAAGCUUGCCUUUAUGGGCCCGGAGUUUCAGUCAGCGGCCGGCGUGACCUGGAUCAGUCUGCGCAACAACAAGCUGGUACUGAUCGAGAAAGCGCUACGGUUUUCGCAAAACCUCGAGCACUUUGACCUGCGCGGCAACGGGUUUCACUGUGGAACGUUGCGUGAUUUCUUCAGCAAAAAUCAACGCGUGCAAACGGUCGCAAAACAAACCGUCAAAAAGCUGACCGGCCAGAAUGACGAAGAGUGUACCGUGCCAACGCUCGGCCACUAUGGGCCGUACUGCUGCGAGGACCUGCCGGCACCGUUUGCCGACCGGCUGAUCGCGCUGAAGCGCAAAGAGCACGCGCUACUCUCUGGCCAAGGCUCGGAAACGGAGCGACUCGAGUGUGAGCGGGAAAACCAGGCCCGCCAGCGGGAGAUCGAUGCGCUCAAGGAGCAGUACCGGACGGUGAUCGAUCAGGUGACGCUCCGAAAGCAGGCAAAGAUUACGCUAGAGCAGAAGAAGAAGGCGCUCGACGAGCAGGUGUCCAACGGUCGCCGGGCACAUGCUGAGCUGGACGGAACGCUCAAGCAGGCUGUAGAACAGAUCGAGCUGCCCCACGCGACCGAGGAGCAGAGUCCGUUGCAGCUGCUGCGCGCGAUCGUCAAGCGGUUCGAGGAGAUUUACGUCGAGCAGCAGAGCGCGCAAAAUAAUGCCAUCCGCGAUUGGGAUAUGUACCAGCAUAAGGAGACGCAGCUGGCGGAGGACAAUGCACGGCUCAAGAAGCUGAACGGUGAGGCUGAUCUGGCGCUGGCCAGUGCGAACGCUACGCUGCAGGAGCUGGUGGUGCGGGAGCAGAAUUUAGCGACCCAGCUGGGCUAAGACGAGUGCGGGCCCAGCAGGAAGGAUGAGCGUGAAUUGAUGGAAUUAAUAACCGUUUGUCCUUUUGUCACUGCUAUGUUGGGAUUUUUCUUUUGCAAAUAAACAAACAUUUCAAUUUUGGUGAA